UCAACUACUUGUCAUUCAGAAAUUCCAGAUAAGAUAAAACAAGACAUGUCACUUCCUGUUAUCUUGGGAGUUGAUGAGGCUGGUCGUGGUCCAGUACUUGGGCCAAUGGUGUAUGGGAUUGCGUAUUCUUUGAAGGAUCAGGCAUUACCUGGAUUUGAUGACUCGAAAGUGCUUAAAGAUCUGAAACGGAAAGAGUUGUUUGAAGCUAUUGAUUCAUUUAAUCUUGGAUGGGCGACCCGUACAAUGACUGCGAGAGACAUCCUGUCUGGUAUGCUUCGCUCAUCUCUUGGUGAUGGGGCAUACAAUUUAAAUGCACAAGCACACGAUACCACAAUACAGCUCAUUAAAGAGGUGUUGGCCAUGGGUGUGAAUGUCACAGAAAUAUUCGUUGAUACUGUUGGCCCCCCUGUUACCUAUCAAGCCAAGCUCAAGAGUCAUUUUCCAAGUAUUGAUAUUACAGUUGCAAAGAAAGCCGAUAGUAUCUAUCCAAUCGUGAGUGCAGCUUCAGUGGUGGCUAAAGUGACGAGAGAUCUUAACCUUGAGCUCUACACUUCUACAUACCUCAAGGGCCAUUCCAUCGGUUCUGGUUAUCCAUCUGAUCCCAACACAUCUAAGUGGUUGCAUGCGAACGUGGAUCCUGUCUUUGGGUGGUUGGGAUUGGUUCGUUUCCUGUGGCAGACUGCCAAAGAUUCUUUGAAGAAUCACCAGGGAGUCGAGGUGAUAUACGAAGAGGAG